AUGAUAAGUGGGACCGACAUUAUCAAUCAGCAUCAAACGAAAUGGACCUAUGUAAUAACAACAAAUGAGUUACAAGAAGUACAACAACUAAUGUCGAAUAAAUUGAAAAAUGAACGGAAACGAACAAUAUAUGACGAUGCAUGUUCACCUCGAGAUUGGCUUCGGGUAAGAAGGGUAAAUCUAAGUGAUAGACAGUACGAAUUCUUUAAUCGAAAGAGAUUGAACGGUCUGUAUAGAUCGUGUGCGCAUUUAGUUAAUUAUUUCCAAUUAAAAAAUAAUUUUUUCGUAAAAAGUCAGAUUCGUCGUGCAAAUGAAAUGCAGUUUGCAGUUGAAAGAAGAAGAAAAAUAACAAUGUUUCAUGAGAACGACGUCCGUAGUGUUAUCGAUUUCGGGUUUAGUUUGAAAAGAUUUUUGAUGAAUUGGAACAAAAAAUAAGAAAAAUCAUGUGUAGUGACGGAAAAGAAAAUCAUCAGUGUGAUAAAAGAAGGAAGUUCUAGCCCGCGCCUUUAAACACCUGGUAUGUUGUUUAUGAGAAAAAUGCUAUCUUUGCCAUAUCUUGCUAUUUUUUGCCUGUUUAAUCGUGUAAGUUUAUCUUUUAUACGAUUGACUUAGCACCGUCUUUCUCAUCAUUGUUCUCACCAUGGGCUACCCUUGCUUCGUCAUUUGUGGUCUUUUUCUCCUUUUGUAACGGUAUUGCUACACAAAUCAAGUUCAGUACAAUCACAGCUCCACCCUAUUUCAAAAUGUCAGGAAAUACUCCAUUUCAUCUGCAGCAGUAAAGUUCAAUAAAUGUUGAAAAAAGCAACAGAAAAUACUUUGGUUUCUAGAAAGGUUUUCCAGAAAUAUUCGGAACUAAGAGGAUAUUUUUUAAUGAUUUUCGGUACAGAAUCAGGAUGAGCGGAUAAGAUAGAGUAUUUCCUGAUUGGAUGGAUUUUGACUGAGUUACGAAGUUUUUAGUUUUUGAUGAAAACAGUCAAAAAUGGGUUAUUUCACCUAGUAUAUGUUUUCACUCGGUUGUUGCAUUUUGUUCUGAAAAUUAAUAUUCCCACGAGAUUCAGCAUAGUCGAUAACCUAUGUUUUCAUUCAUUUUUGACAGUCCCAAGCCGAACGGCAGAGGACUGCUGAGGCACGAAAAACGUCCAAAACACACGAAUCAUGGGUUUUCAAGAUAUCGCUUAGAUCUACUGUAGAGGACACUUCGGACCACAUAUGCCCCUAA